AAUUACGUAGUUGCUAUUUGCCCGACUACGAGUAAAUACUAUGACGGCAUGGUCACAUGAUAUACGGCAUUCCCGUCGUCUGCUACCAUGGCGACUGCGUGCGUACGGAGAACACACACACCCACGAAGGCUGUGUAUCGUGCUUUCCAAACUAAACGUACGCGAGCAGUUGGCCCCACAGAAAAGCACGCAGUGAACGAGAACGUUGAACACACUUUUGUGUGACUCAGCGAGAACGUCAAUUAUGCUCCUGUCGCGGACCAAGCCAGCGGUGGCCGCCGCGGACGCGUCUUCGGCCAGCAGCGCCGACGGCGACGGCCUGAAGGUCGAGCACCAGCGGCAGCAGAAGUCGGCGGAGAGCCGGCUGCCCACCCUGGAGGAGUUCCUCGAGAAGCGAGACUUCACGGGGGCCAUGUCGCUGCUCGAGUUCACCGGCACCUCCUCCUCCUCGUCCCAGUCCUCACGGCUCGAGGCGGCGCUGUGGACGGCCUACUGCGCCUUCCACCUGGGACAGCACCGGCAGGCGAUGCGCAUCUACCAGGAACUGCUGGCCGACAAGUCGAUGCCGCCGCCGCUGGACGUGUGGAGCUACCUUGCGUGCUGCCAGUUCCACCUGGGGCUGUACCGCGAGGCCGAAGCGUCGGUGCUGAAGGGCCCCAAGAACCAGCUGCAGAGCCGGCUGCUCUUCCACCUGGCCCACAAGGCGGGAGACGAGAAGAGGCUCAUGGCGCUGCACCAGAGCCUGCAGGACAUACUCGAGGACCAGCUGUCGCUCGCAUCCAUUCACUACCUCAGAGCGCACUACCAGGAGGCCAUAGACAUCUACAAGCGCAUUCUCCUCGAAAACAGGGACUUCCUGGCGUUGAACGUGUACGUGGCCCUGUGCUACUACAAGCUCGACUACUACGACGUAUCGCAGGAGGUGCUGGCGGUGUACCUGCAGAACUUCCCGGACAGUGCAACCGCGAUCAAUCUGAAGGCAUGCAACCAUUUCCGCCUUUACAACGGAAAGGCGGCUGAGGCGGAGCUGAAGAGCUUGCGAGAACGUGCGUCGCCAACCUUCACGUACGCCCAAGACCUCAUCAAGCACAACCUGGUUGUAUUCCGAGGCGGCGAGGGCGCGCUUCAGGUGCUGCCCGGCCUGGUGGGGGCCAUUCCCGAGGCACGUCUCAACCUCGUCAUCUACUACCUGAAGCAGGACAACAUCCAGGAGGCGCACAACCUGAUCAAGGACCUGGAACCCACGGUGCCGCACGAGUACAUUCUCAAGGGGGUAGUCAACGCAGCCAUCGGACAGGUGCAGGGAUCGCGGGAGCACUUGAAGAUAGCGCAGCAGUUCUUCCAGCUUGUCGGAGGAUCGGCCAGUGAAUGCGACACCAUUCCUGGUCGUCAGUGCAUGGCGUCCUGCUUCUUCCUGCUGAAGCAGUUCGACGACGUCCUGCUCUACCUGAACUCCAUCAAGAGUUACUUCUACAACGACGACACAUUCAACUUCAACUAUGCCCAGGCAAAAGCCGCUACGCGAAAUUUCAAGGAAGCCGAAGAGGUGUUCCUGAUGAUUCAGAGCGACAAGAUAAAGUCGAGCUACAUCUACCAGAGCUGGCUGACCCGAUGCUACAUCAUGAACAGCAAGCCCCAGCACGCGUGGGAACUCUACCAGAGCAUGGACACCUCGAGCGAGUCCUUCAGUCUGCUCCAACUGCUAGCCAAUGACUGCUACAAGAUGGGCCACUUCCUGUACGCUGCGCGAGGUUUCGACCUGCUGGAGAAGAUGGACGCCAACCCGGAAUACUGGGAGGGCAAGAGGGGAGCCUGCGUGGGCACCUUCCAGAGGGUGAUUGCCGGGAGGGACGAGCCGGAUUGCCUGCGAGAGAUCGUGGAGAUGCUCAAGACCGAGAGUCACUCCCAGGCCGAGUCCAUCAGCAAGGUGAUACGUGGAUGGUGCAAGGAGAAGAAGAUAGCGCUUUCUUGACUGCCCGGCACGCUUGUACUACCGGCUGCGGCAGACAUCAUGGGUGGCUUCCUAUGGUGAAGACGACUGUGAAGUGAUCCUAGGUAUCGGCCAGGCAUGCGAUUCGAAUACAGCGCUCACGAGAACCCUGUGGUAACGUCAUUUCCUCAUGCCUGGUCGUUCGCAGCUACGCUCGGCACUCGAGAGGAUGGAGCUUUGAUGGCAAGUGAAACUGCGAUUGUGUCGUCACUGCUACGGCAGAAAAUUGAGAAAAUAGGUUCAGGAGAUGAAUUUGCCGUGGCAUGCCUUCCAAACUACCACAAAAUUUAUAAUUCCAAAACCUGUUCAGCUUCGGUUUAACGACCAUGUGACAGUAUAAAACAACCGAAAGUCAGACAUUUUUAGAAGGAAACGCCUCACUCAACACAAACUCCUGGCAAUUAAACAAGCAGAUACCACACAUGACCAUAAAGAAAUGCCGACGACGGAAUGACGACGGUGAAAGGACCACAACGGCAUCAAUACGACUGUGUGGCGAUGAUGGAAUUACUACAAUGGCAUGCUCACAAUGGUGUGACGAAGACGGCAUGACGACACUGGAAUGACUACGACGGAGUGAUGAUGGUGGAAUGACCAUGGCAGUGAUGGAAUUAAGGAAUGACAACGCUGUAAUGAUGACACUAGGAUGACAGUAGUGGAAUGAAUUUGACGGCAUGCCGACAGUGGCGUGACAAUGGGAUGACGAUUAUGCAAUAAUGAAGACGGUACGUCUGAAGACGAUGGGUUGAAGACAUGAAAGGACAAAAUCAGACGACGGUGGAAUGACUGUAUGUUGACGAAAGCGGAAGGCGUGACGAACAGGCCAUGACGGCAAUGUGUUGACAAAGCUAGAACGACGAGGACGUGAGAUUGAAUAUACAACUUGUAUGGCAACGACUCGCUUUGACAACGAUGACAUGAUGACAGCAUGUCGACAGCGGAACGAUAUCGAUGCAGUCAGACAGCAUGUUUAUGGCAACGUGGUCA